AGCGCUCGGCGAAGCCGCGCAACGUGCGUGGUUCGUGCGUGCGUGCGUGCGUGUAUUGUGGUCCUCGGCGUUUCGUGUGGCGCCCGCGCGGCGCGAUUCGGCACGCGAGAGAGACGAGCACGGCGCACGUCAGCCAGGCGUUCGCGGCGACGAGGCCGACGAGUUUGUUCUCUCGGCGCCGCGAGAGAACGCGAGUGCGGACGAAUCUCGGAACCGCGCCCUCCGCCCUGAGCCGUGAGUCAUGGCUGGUAUCGUACCGCUGUCUGGUAGAUCCGGCAGAAAACAGUGGACGCUCCACGAUGGGCCUAAAGGUUCUCUUAGACGGUUACGUUCCCGAUUGGCAGAAGACGGCUGUCCGGAAUCUCAAGUGAUUUUGGCCAAGCAGUUAUUGGAGGAGCAUUGCGAGCUUGAUGUUGAUAAAGACGAGAACGCAAAAUUGGGCGUUUACUGGCUAACGAAGGCCUCGGAGCAAGGAAAUCUAGAAGCGACUGAUAUUCUCAGAAAGUGCUUGGCGACUGGCCGCGGUAUCACGGAGCAUAACUAUUACGACGUAAAAAGCUGUCUAGACAUGACGCAGGACGAGAAGUUGGCGAGAAGAGCCGCCAGGGAGAUGUUUAUGAGUUUGUCGAACGGCGAGGACUUCAUAACUAUGGAGCAGUUGCAAAAACGUAUGAGGAAUUUGUCAUCCCCAUCGACCAGCAGUGCCGAUUACUUUCAAUCGAAUAACACCUCCAGCAACUCGUCGCAGAAGGAAGUGAACGACAAUGAUAACGACUGCUUCCCCAGAAAUGGACUUCCUGAUGAUUCCCCACCGGCAAAGGAUGAAGACCGAACGAACGACGGUCACGGUUGGACGGAUCAGGGUGAGAAGAUUACAGAGGCCGCUCUGGUGUCCGCGGCCGCGAGCUACGCGCGCGGAAUGCUUCCGAUAGUGUCGCAUGCUCUCUGCAUGGUGGAUCCUUCCGAACUGGCGCUGGACACGAUACCGUUGCUGCAGAGGCCGUUCGUCCAUCCGUUUACGUCGCUGAAACGUCUCUACAGUUGGUUGGUCGAGACCCUGGGCCACAGAGGGGUGUCGAUCAACAGGGUUCUCUUCACGUCGAAUCUACACAUUCUCCUGCUACUCUUGCUGUACUCCUUGUUCGGCACGGAGAGCCUGUUACUUUUUAUACCGAUGGCUCUCUACUACCUCUCGUUCGUGGUCAUGGUGGUGGCCACCUUCCAAAUGCUCCAACGGAAGCGCGAGUUCAACAACUUCCGCGUGUGGUCGGGCCUAUUUCUCAGCUACUCGGGCGGAAAUCUGAAUCCCGAGGAGGCGGAGUAUCAGUUCUGCCGCAACAACCUGAAGCCGUACGGGCACUUCUUUCUCGCGCUGUUGCUGAACCUGAUGAUCUAUCCUCUGAUAGCCCACCAGUGGACUCCGCAAUCUGAAUUCACUAUAAUAGCGGUCACGCUCACCCUCAUCACCCUCUGCAGCUUCAUGUGGCGGGACUCUUCGCGGUUUCCCGAUUUCCUGGCCCUCUUCAGCUUCGGCGUGCACGUACUCGCCAAGUAUCCCUACGAGACGGACAUGGUUGUGGCGCAGAGCUGGAGAUUCUUGGACAUCAGGGUGCCAACGUUCGCGUCCUACGUUGUCGGCAACGGCAUAGAGUUUUGCCUGAACUUCCGCGCCGUGUUUUACCUCCUGAUACCGGCGGUCUUCGCGAAAAUGGCCGCGCGGGACGGCUGGCGCGGCACGUAUCGGAUUCUGAUACCCCACUGCGUUACUCUGAGUUGGUGGCAAAUAGCGAUCUUCAGUUCCCAAGGUGCCACGUGGUACGGCCUGAUCAGAGGCGCUCUCGCAUUAGUCGGCAUGGUCCUGUUUCUUCCAAUCGCCGGUAUCGCUUCCAUCAUCCUACCGUUCGUAGCGAUUGCCAAAUACUUGUCAGAAAAUGAUCUGGCCAUGAGGAUAGCGAUUACCACUGUUCUCGGAGGAAUGCCGUUCUUCGCUUCGUGGUACCUGAGGAAGACCAGAACGUCGAGAUUUAAUUGGAUCAUCACGCUCAUGCAAAUUGUUCUUGGCGUUGGUGCUGCGACGUUCUUAUCGUGGCCGAUGUUAAUGGAAUACAACCAGGAUUCCGACGAGACGUACGAUAUCGCGUCUACCUUAACAUGGGAUCAGUAUCAGAACUACUGUCAUCAACCUGCGUGGGAAGAAUUGUCGUCGAAGGCGCAAGUGCAGGUGCAAUGCGCUCAACUGGAAGGCGUGCCCGUCUCGUGGGAAGGCUACGUGACGAAUAUUAGAGUGAAAUCGAUGAAGAACAAUAUUGCAGUUGUAUUAAACAGGUUGCCCGACAACAUCAGAACAUUACUUAGUUGUAUGUACGGUGAACCGUACGAGGAAAAAUGUAAUUCGGGCGAUGACAUUCGUCGAAAGAACUGCAAGCACAUCACGAGCAUUCAAAAGAAAAGGAACAAAUGUUAUUUUCCGUCUUGGGAUCAAUACGAGUUUGAGAUAUUCGUCAAGAUGAAAAGCGGCAUUUGGGGAAGCACCACGGAGAUACGUCUCGUUGCGGACCAUUCCUUCACCAAUUUCAGUCUGAACAUAUAUCCGGGCGAUAAGAUUUGGUUUGCCGGCGCGCUUCUGAACAAUGGCUUAGAAACGGAAUCUCUUCUCGGCGGCGCCGAGCCGCACAUCGAUUUGGAAGAGGUAGGAUGUCUUGCAUGCAACUCUCUUGAUUUGAAAACGUCUUAUAAACGUUACAGGCAUCGUAUAAGUUUAAGCUCUAUCAUCAGAGAUCUUUGUCUCAGCGUAAAGACUGUAUUAAACUUUCUGUUAAAUCCGAUUGUGAUGUUCAAGUGAUGACAUUCUAUAUGACUGAAUCCUUUAGAUCUCUCUAGCUUUUUAGACCUAAUGUAGCGAAAUUUUCUCGAUAUCUAAUUAUCGCCAUGUUAAACAGAAUUUGUUUAACGCGAUUUAUAUUAAGGAAAAAUUAAAUUACUAUUAGAAUUCUAUUAGAUUCUGAACAAAUAAAAUUUGGAAACAGAACGCUUGUUGAUGUACUAAAAAAAAAAAUACAAUUUUAAACAAAUGUGGUAUCUUUGGUAUAUUUGCAAUGUAAACUUUGUCUUAUAAAUGUCCUAAAGGUAUUUCAGCAUGGAAACUCUAUUAAAAAAUUUUGUGUUUGUGACAGACAAUUUUAUGGAAUAUUUAUUAAAAAUUUAUAUUAUUGUAAUAAAUUAUUCAUUCAUUUUUUGCAUUAUAAUUGAAAAUGUACUGUAUAAAACAACAUGUUAUCUGAUAGCAUGCUACAUAUAGUAUAAACUAAACUGAAACAAGAAAUUGUUAUAUAUACAAAGCAGCGUUUCUUCAACGUUUAAUACAUACAUGUAAAUGUGUGUGUGUGAUAUGAAAGUAGAAAAUAGUGCAAAUAUUUCAAUGUUACCGAAUGCCUCAGGCAAUAUACAUACAUACGUACACACACAUAUAUACAUACAUAUAUACAUACAUACAUACAUAUACUAUGUAUAUGCGUGUGUGUAUGUAUAUAUGUAUGUAUACAUAUUAAUAGUUACAUUAGGCUUUCAUGAACAAGUCAUAAUUUGCUUCAGAGUAUUAUAUAUACAUAUAUACCAUAUAUUUUAAGAUUUAUAUAUUUUCCUAUAAGCAUUGCUGCCAGUAAAAAAAGGAAGAGAGAAACGCUUGAUAUUUUUGUAUUCCGUUUAUGGAGAAUAAUAAGAGAUAACAUCUUUUUGAUCUUGUUUUAACAUUGUAGUGAAAUUGUAUUUCUUACUAGGUUUUUAUAGUACAUACAUUAUAUCGCGAUGAAAUUUUAAUUAGUUUAACGGCAAGGCAGUAUGCAACCUCUGUAUUUGUAAAUAAUCUUAGAAUAUUAAAUAAGCUAUUAUUAUUAUUAAGAGAACUAUGUUAUUUCAUAAAAAAUUUUGUGCAGUACUGUCGUAUACUAACAUUCUGUUAGAACACUACUACACUAGACAUGUCAAAAUUCAGUUACCUGAAUAAUGCAGCUUUUAAAGAACACUGAAAAUAUAUAUACAUGUACAAACAAUUCACUAUACUGUACAUCGAUGUUAAGUGUUUAGCUCUACAAAAUAUUAAUGAGCAUAUCUAUCUGGUAGAGUUAAGGGCAGUUUCGUCAUUGUAUCACACAACGACAAUAGGAACCAAGACCAGUACAGUAGCAAAGAGAUAAGACAGACAUAGAUGUGCCUUGGUGUUUUCUGUUCGAAUGAUUUUAAUGUUGAUAAUAAAAGUACUCUAUAUGCUUCUUCAAGAGCAGACAAAUGAAAAUUAAAUGCGUUAAGACAUCACGAAUUCUUACAUUCUGAUGUGCAAAUGUAUAUUUUUGUCAUGAACAAUAUUAUAUUCAGAAAUAAAAUUCAAAAUGUUGUCUUAUUUCAAUACAAUUGUGUAAUGAGUUUUAAUACCUUGUAUCUAGUUCUUUUGUGAAAAAAGUAAAAAAAAACGUAUACCUUCAGAAUUAUAGAUUUAUUUAUUCAUUUUGUAUUUGGCAACAUGAUACAUUUAUUGUGUCGAAUGAUAACAUCAUGUCGAUAACAAGACAAGUUUAUUAAACGGUUUGGUUCCCUUUUUCUUAGUUUCCAUAUAAAAAGAUUACAGUACAGAAUUUUACUAUGUAAUUAUUUUAUACUGAGAUACAGUAGAAUCCCCCACAUUGCAUAUACUUUCAUGCGAUAUUAGAUAUCACUCUAACACAGCAUAAUUUAUAUGGCCAAUAAUUUGUUUAGAGUUGCAAAUCUAUAAUCUGCAAAUAAUCUCCAUCACAAACUUUAUGCAAUAUGAGAGUUUCGAAUACAUUAAUUUUCCUUAUGUACAAAUAUAAAAUCUAUGUUAAUAAAGUCUUUUCUGUAUCUAUAAUUUGUAUACGAAAAUAAUUAUUCAAUGUGCAAAAAAAAAAUUGCAUAGAAAUAGAAAUUCUGUUUAAUUUCUAUACCUUAUUUAGUUAAACAAUAUCCCUUUUAUCUGUGAUGUAUAUAUCCUUAAGUAGUUAAAAUCACUGGACUUUAGAAUUAAUUUAUGGUUCCAACCUAGCCAAAAAGGUUCUGGAAAAAGUAUAUAUUACCGCAAAAAGCUUGUGUAUGAUUUGCAUAUGGCUUGAAAUUAAUACAUAUAAUAUACGAAUUUUUCCAAGACCUUUCUUAAAUAUAGUUAACAAUGUACACGUCAUAAUACAUUCAUUACGUCUUCUCAUCCUACAUAUUUUUUUAGAAGUCAAUUAUGUAAAAAAAAGACUUAUUUCGUUAAAUUCGACG